CACAUCGAGUCCAUUGCUAAGAGUGAUUCAAUACGUUUUCAUCUCCAGCUACAAGGGAUAAAGAUCUUAUGAUACAUUUGAUCUGCCACUGAAGAAAAUUUUCAAGUCAUCUUACAAGACAGGGCAGAUGGAUGAAAACAAUGCGGCAAAGUUAACCGGAAUAAGACAAGUCGUGAGGCUUAAGGAGAUUUUGCAAAAAUGGCAAACCGUAACGAUAGGGUCCAAGUCAGAUGUUCCACCAUUAGCAGCUAGUAACCAAGCGGCGGCAAUGAUCUCACCAGCGAUCAACAAGAGGCUACUAGCUGUCAAGAACUAUGACUCUGAUGAGGAAAACUGCCAAAGCCCUGAGCCUCCGGUUGAUGUUCCCAGAGGGUAUCUUGCGGUUUAUGUUGGACCCGAGCUAAGGAGGUUUAUCAUACCAACAAGCUAUCUUGGCCACUCUUUGUUCAAGGUGUUGCUUGAAAAGGCAGAGGAAGAGUAUGGGUUUGAUCAGAGCGGUACCCUUACCAUCCCUUGCGAGGUCGAGACUUUCAAGUUCUUGGUUAAAUGCAUGGAGAAUAAUCCUAAAGAUCAUCACACUGACGAUGGUUCUGGUAAGCCAAAGACUUGUCUCCUUUUAUCUAGAGAUAAUACAAUGAAUAAUUUAGUCAAUGAAUAA